AGUCAAUAAAGAGAAAUGGCAGGGUAUCCAAUGCCUUGAUUUUUGCUAAAAAUGGGGCGAAAUUUGUUUGCUGGUAGCUCGAAACUUCUUGGUGCAUGCAUGGGAUAGAGUAAACCAAACUAGCUCAUUAUUGUCUUUCAAGUAAUUCGAGUCUAUGGUCUGGGUUAUCUUAUCUUGAUCUCGCUACUGCCUGAAAAAAUACAAGUUUAUUUUCGUCUUUCAAGUAAUUAGAGUAAACCGGUGUCGACGGCGUUCGCCAGAGCCUUCCUCUUCAUCCUCCUCCACGUAAAAUAGUGGGUCUCCUAACCCUAAGAGAAGAAGAAACCAGACUAGCUCAGUUAUCAUUGGUAAUUAAUUUCUGAUUCACUGCCAGUAAAUCGGAACAAUCAGCAGAUCUUAUUUAAACUACAUGUAAGCAGAUUUUUAAUUUUCUCUGCAAGUUCAUGCAAUGAGUGAAAUUCACGACAAUGGUAAAAUUCCUAAAUAUUAUUUAAACUAUACUAGUUCCAAGUGUGUGCGGACUUGAUGCAGUAAAUUUUCAUAUAGAGUUAUCCUUGUUAACCUUUGUCUUGGUUUUCUCUGUAGUGUGAAGAGUGAGACCGGAUUCCUUAGCUCUAUCCGACAGAUCUGAUCAAAGCCCCUCAUCAGUUCAAGUUGAUGGCUUCUUCUUCCAAUAAUCCAGACGUAAAGUAUGAUGUUUUCCUUAGUUUUAGAGGCAAGGACACCCGGAAUAAUUUUACAAGCCGUCUGGACGCAGCUUUGCGUCGUAAAAUGAUUCAAACUUUCAUCGAUGACGGACUCGAGAGAAGAGAAGAAAUUUCACCAUCUCUAUUGGAGGCAAUUGAACGGUCAAUGAUUUCUGUUGUCGUUUUGUCAGAAAAUUAUGCCUCUUCCAGAUGGUGCUUAGAAGAACUUGCAAAGAUCCUUGACUGCAAAAAAAGGUUCGGACAGAUGGUAAUACCAAUUUUCUAUCACGUUGAUCCAUCACAUGUGAGGAAUCAAACUGGAGCUUUUGGGAAAGCAUUUGACGCACUCAAAAAGCGUUUUGAGGGGAGGUUAGAUGUGCUACAGAGAUUUAUUUUUGGGCGCUCCCCCCCCCUGUUUUACCCAAAACAGGAAAAUGAUCUGCUACAGAGAUGGGAGACUGCUUUGAUGGAAGUAGGCAAAAUCUCUGGAAUUACUACAGAUAGCAAGCGUGAAUCUGAACUCAUAGAAGAAAUUGUUACGGAUAUAUUAAAAAGACUAACAAAAAUGUCUCCAAGUGCUCACAGUGACCUAAUUGGAGUAGAAUCUACCAUCAAAGAAAUUGAGUCUUUGUUGGAAAUUGGAUCCAACGAUGUUUGUAUUGUCGGGAUUUGGGGCAUCGGUGGAAUAGGCAAGACAUCUAUAAGUCGUGGAAUAUUCAACAAACAUUGGAGAUAUUUUGAAGGUUCUUACUUCGCUGAAAAUGUUAGGGAAGAAUCAGAAAGGAGGGGACUAACUUUCUUGCGUGAAGAACUUUUUUGCAAAAUAUUAGAGGAUAGAUAUGCCAACAUAGGGCUCACCCUCACAAAAGAAAGACUUGCCCAUAAGAAGGUUUUCAUUGUUUUUGAUGAUGUGACUUCUUUAGACCAAAUAAAAAAUUUAAUUGGAGAUCUCAAAUGUUUAGGUUUAGGAAGUCGAAUCAUUAUAACAUCACGAGAUAAACAAGUUCUUAACAAUUUUUGUGGGGCAGAUAAGAUAUACGAGCUUGAGAGAUUACAUCAUCUCAAAGCUCUUCAGCUUUUUAGUCGUCAUGCCUUCAAACACAAUGGGGAUACAAUUAAAGAGUACAUGGAGCUAUCAGAAUGGAUGGUAACAUAUGCUAAAGGUGUCCCAUUAGCUCUUAAAGUUUUGGGCUCUUUUCUAUUAGGAAAGACAAAAAGAGAAUGGGUAAGUGCAGUGGAUAAAUUAAAAAGAUGUCCUCAUAAGGAUAUCCAAAGUGUGUUGAAAAUAAACUUUGAAGAGAUAAGUUAGUCAUAUGAAGACCCUGUAAUAUGUUAAUAAAUCAAUGUCUAGAUGAAUUAUGUUGUUUAGAUAUAUAGUCAUAUAAUAUGAAUUAUGGUUGAAUUUAAA